CGAAGAUAUUAGUAAAUCGUCCCCAUCCGAAGCCAGCUGGUGUUGUUUGUUGUUGUUUGUUGUUGGUGGAUGAGCAGUUCCAGCCAGUCAACAGCAUCCAUAUCCGCACCCCAGCACACCCGAUCAAUCUCAAACCAGCACUGAGUUCAGCAUGAGUGGUGGACCACCGGGGCAGAAGAAGAAGCCCCAGGCAUACAUCUCCAGCUGCUUGACGGAAGCAGACAAGGAUGUUGUCAAGGGCGUCAUCUCCAACGAUCCCUCUGGCCGCAAGAACAAAGCCAUGGUUAUGGUUGCUGCGCAGCUGUACCGCGGUGACCUUGGCCGCUGGGACCACGUGGGCACUGGGGUCAUGUGCCUGGUCAAGGAACCGGCGCGCAGGAACUUCACCAUGCGCUUCGUGGACAUUGAUUCGCGUGCCCAACUCUUUGGCAUGAGUCUCUUUUACGAGCUCCGGUUUGAGCGCAAGAGGGCCAACCCCACCGUCCUUCAGUUCUUCGAUCCAACGGGCUGCCCCGUGGUCAUCAACUGCAUCACGGAUGAGGAAGCGCGCGAAUUCAGGCGCCGCACUCUGCGCAAGAUCAAGCCCAAGAAGGACAAAGCCCCCGGUCCCCCGCGCAGCUCGGUCGGCAUGUCCACGCCCUCACCCCGCCCGUCGCCAAUGUCCCUCUCCUCAUCGGGCCCACCCCCGUCGUACCCGCAGUCGUCACCGUCGUCUGUCCAGCCGUUCUCCGGCGUGUCCACGUCCAGCACCACCUCCUCGGGCAGCAAGGGCACGAAGAAGGGCAAGGGCAAAGGCAAAGGCCGCCCAAAGCUCGACAAGAGCAUGAUUGGCGGGCCCUCAAACUUCCGCCAUCUUGGGCACAUUGGCCUUGACUCUGAGGGCAACUUUGAUGCAAGCAACAUCCCUGGCGAGUGGAACGAACUGCUUGAGAAGGCCGGCAUCUCCCACGACCAGCUCAAGGACGAGGACACGCGCAAGUUUGUCGAGGAGUUUGUCAACAGCGCCGGCGGCCUUCCGCCUGCCACCUCCCAGGCGCCAUCGGCUCCGCGUCCCGCCGCUCCCCCAGCCCCUCCAGCGUACUCGCGAGGCCCGCCCCGAUCCAACGCACCACCGCCACCGCCGCCAUCGCACGGCCAGCGCAGUGCACCGCCGCCGCCACCACCGAUGCAAAGCCGCGGCGGCCCACCACCACCCCCGCCCCAGACAACCAAACCUCCUGGCCCACCCCCGGGCCGUGGUGGACCACCACCGCCACCACCGCAGACAAACAAGCCGCCGCCGCCACCUGCACCAAUGGGUACAGGGGCGCCACCGCCACCCCCGCCACCAGGCAUGGGGGCAGGCGCACCCCGCCCUCCACCACCACCUGCGAUGGGAAGUGGUGCACCGCCGCCGCCGCCGCCACCGCCGUCAGGCGGCAUGGGUGGGCCACCACCUCCUCCUCCACCAUCAGGGGGUAUGGGUGGUCCGCCACCACCACCGGCUCCCUCUGGUGGCCGCGGCGGUCUUCUGCAGCAGAUCCACCAAGGCAAGUCGCUGAACAAAGUCGAAACCAACGCCAGCCGGCCCGCUCCCUCUGACGACCGCGGUAACCUGCUGGCUGCCAUUCGUGGUGGCAAGUCCCUGCGCAAGGUUGAGGACCACCAGAAGAAGAUUUCGCCCAUGGCCGGAGGAAAGCAGUCGCAGUCCGGCGGCGCUGCUCAGGACGGCGGCGGUGGUGGCGGCGGCCUCGAUGGGUUGGCGAGUGCGCUUGCAAUGGCCAUGAAGAUGCGCAGCAAGGCCGUGCACGGCAGCGACGACGACGACGACAGUGACGACGACUGGGACGAUGACGAUGAUGACUUCUGAAUGCAAUGUCACAUCCCAUCACGUGUUGCUUUGCUGCCUGGUCGUGUUCUUGUGUGCAAGAGGUGUCUUUCUUCCUUCUUCAGCCGUUUCCCUUUUGUGUGGCUUUCCUUACGUUGUCGAUGCGUGGUUCGACGUUGUUGGUUUGAUCGGCGUUUACAUUACAAUGCACGAGUGUGACAACUUAUGAAGCAGCAACGGGAGGGCUAACG